GGGACGGGGCGCGGGGGGAGCCCGGGGCCGGGAGCCGGAGCCCGACCCAUGCUGGCCAAAGGCGUGAAGCGCCCGCGCGGGGAGAUGGAGGGCGGCGAUCCGGAGCCCCGAGACCCCGGCGCCGCCCCGGCCAGCUCCUUGUUCAACAUCUCCAUGGUGAAGCUGCACCAGAGCCUGCGGCAUGUGGAACCCAACCUGCGGCACCUGGUGCUGGUGGCCAACACCCUGCGCCGGAUGCAGGACCAGAUGCAGCGGGAGGCCGGGGGGCCGGGGGGGCCGGACAGCCCCGAGGCCCCGUCCGUGGUGGAUUCUCCUGCCCCUGUCUCAGACUCGAGGGACAGUAGCCUGGAGCCCUGCCGGCAGCCACCCUCCGACAGCCAGGGGGACGAUCUCCUCCUCUCCACCAUGGACACCUCCAUCUCCACCAUCCUGGAGGACCUGGGUCAGGUGGAGGUGCUGAGCCCCGCCCGGCCCGAAGAGGAGCAGCCGUUGGCCGGCGCGUCUGGAGCCAGGCAGGAGCCGGCUAGGACCUCAGCCCCUUGCUUGGGCCCCUUGGAGCUGCUCAGCUCGGCCAGCUACCUGCUGGAGGACGGCCUGGAGGACAUCUUUGAGGACAUCGACACCUCCAUGUACGAUUGCGACCUGUGGUCGCCCACCAGCCUCUCCGGCUUCAAGGCUUUCUCCGGUGCGGAGGACUCGGACAGCAAGGCGCUCGCCGGCGCCGAAGACCGGCUGGACAUGAGCGACCUGGACUACCUGAUGGACGUGCUCGUGGGGGGACACGCGCUCUGAGGGGGGGCAAAGGGAGGGUGACAGUAUUAAAUACCCCUCCUCUAAUUUAUAUGGGGCCCGAUCCUGCUGUCAGUGGAGCCGGCUGAUACCUGCUGCAGACCCGGCCCUCUGGGCCUCGGCCUGAAUUCUCAGCCAGGCUCGGGACCCUCUGCCCUGCCCUGGGGUGCCCUGCCCUGCCCCCGAGGAUUCCCGUGCGUAGGGGCCUCCCUGGUCAGCGCGGAGCUGGUGUAACGGCCCUGCUCCCAGCCCCUGAUGGGGGGGGGGGCGGAUCGCGGGGGGGGGCUGGAGCACACUGGGCUGUGGCAGUUCUCAGCCCCCUGGGGCCCAUAGGGGGAGAAGCAUCAGUUAGAGCGGCCCCGAGGUUGCUCUAACUGACACCAGGGCUCAGAAUACAGGGAGCGCAAAGGGGCCUUAAAGCCACCGUAGCCCCCGGCCCAAGAGCAAGAGCUGAGAAUGGCAACGUGUUCAGUGAGCCCCUCCCCACUGCCCUGCCCCCGUCUCACCCC